UACGAUUUAUUCACAAAAGACGAUGAGCCAUAGAAAGGCUUGUUCACAAUGGAGCAUCCCAUUCUCAUGGGAGGAUUCCCCUGGAGUUUCCAAGACCAAGAUCCACCGACGAUGCCACGACGACGACGAGGGCUCACCGCCUCCGCCACCGUCCGGCCGCCGGUCCAUGGAAGCUCGUGAAAGUGAUCAUGGUACCCUUCUUCCACCACCUCCUCCAUCAUCGUGCACCAAAUUGCAGAGGCACCUAAGGGGAUCGUCGUCGGGGAAAACGUCAUCGUUUGGCCGGUGUCAACUGGAGGACCCUUUUCUGGCUGCCUACAAGGAGUGUACGAAAGAUCGAUUCCGGUGGUGGAAGAAGACUGCUAAAAAUUAUGGUAGCAAUGGUAAUGGUAAGAAAUUGAUGUCUAGCGAUCAGAGCAAGAAGGUGGUUGAUGGUAGGUUUUUCAGUAGCAAUACUGGGAAUUGUAAUUACGGUAGUGAUUGUAAAGGUAGAAAGAGUAGCAAGUUUGUGUUUUCUUGUAACAGUUCUUGUGAUGUUGUGGAAAGUAGCCUGGUGGCAAGGCUGGCGAACCUUCCUCAUCUUCCUGAUGAUCAUAGAGUGCGAAGGAGAUGAUGGGAUAUCUUGAAUGUGGAAAGCAAGACUGGAAUUUGUUUUUACU